UACAUAAGAAACGAUUUGUCGCGCAGCAACUGUGAUUGUGCUCUUGGACGUCGUGAAAUGUAAAUUUUCCCUAGAUGAAAAACUAGUUAUAGCGAAACGAAAGCUCGUAUUCGUUGAUCAUACACAGGUUCUCCUAAAAUUUCUUCGUUUAUUUAUAAUAUUUGUUCUUCGUUCCUCUUAAAAGAGUCGAUGGUUUAUCUAUAUCCAUUUACUGUCUGUGACUUGUGAUCGAAAAACUUGCUUGGUUGUUUGUUUAUAGCAAGUAUUUCAAAUAAAUACUAAAUUGAUAUUCGAAAGGAGUCAUGAAUCGUGUUUGUCUUUUGAAGCCAAUGAAAGCAGAACAUAAAACAAUACAUCUCCAUCCGGGUCUUAACAUUAUAGGACGACAAAGGGAAACCGGAAUAAGAGAUGAGAAAUGCUCAAAAAAACAAGUUGAGCUUAAUGUGGACAUGGAUAAAUGCAAUAUUAAACUAAAGAUUUUAGGUGUAAACCCUUGCGGUAUCAAUGGUCUAAUGUGUCUCCAAAACACAGAAUGUGAUAUGCGACAUGGCGAUGUAUUGGAAGUGGUUUAUGGACGGCAUGCGUUCGAAGUACAAUUUAAACCUCCCCUUGAUAACGGUGAAUUGGUCACGACUGCUCCCAAAGACGCAAGUAUACAAAAAAAUGAAAAAGAAAUUGUCGAUCAAUUUUUGGACGUAUGGAGUGAAGUGGAAAACGGAAAAAUGCUUAUUUUUACUAGCAAAGGAGUCCGAGGUUCUUCAAAAAUUGCAUCCUAUGAUAUGGAUGGUACUAUCAUAAGAACUAAAUCUGGAAAUGUUUUUCCAAAAACAUGUGAUGACUGGAUGCUCAAUUAUCCGGAGGUUCCUAAAAAGCUGAAAUCACUGUGGCAAGAUGGGUUUAAAAUCUGUUUCUUUACUAAUCAAGGAGGAAUUGCCAAAGGCAAAACCAAUUUAAAUGAAUUCAAACAAAAAAUAAAACAAAUCGUAACAAGACUGCAAGUGCCCGUGCAAGUGUUCAUUGCCAUAUCUGAUGGAUAUUAUCGAAAGCCAUUACCUGGAAUGUGGGAACAUUUAGAAAAAUAUCAAAACAACCACAUUAAUAUUGAUAAAGAGAAAAGUUUUUUCGUCGGUGAUGCUGCAGGACGACCCGAAGUUGGUAAAGGUAAAACAAAGCGUCGGAAAGAUCACUCACUGGCAGAUCGUUUGUUUGCUUACAAUAUUGGUUUGACUUUUUAUACACCUGAAGAACAUUUCUUUAAUAUAAAGAAGGAGGAGUGGAUAAAACAGGACUUUGAUCCAACUAAAGAUUUUGAUGAACUGUCUCUUUUAGAGCCCACUGAUACAAAAUUACCAUCCGAUGAGUGCGAAUUGAUUAUUAUGGUUGGAUUACCGGGAUCGGGUAAAUCGAAUUUUUGUCAGCAAAACUUAGUGCCGUUAGGAUAUACUGUCGCCAACGCCGACACCGUGGGGAGCAUACAGGCAUGCGUGAAAAUCUGUGAGAAGGCACUUACCAGCGGGAUUUCAUGCGUUGUUGAUAAUACAAAUGUAGAUGUGGAUUCACGAAAAAAAUUUAUAGCCAUCGCCAAAAAGUUGAAUGUACAGUGCCGUUGCUUUUAUAUGAACAUAAGUUUGGCUCAAGUUAAGCACCAUCUUACUUUUCGUCAAUUAACGGAUACAAAACAUUCAAAAGUUAGUGAAAUGAUUUUAAAUAUGAUGAAAAAGAAAUAUACCCAACCUCAAUUGGAUGAGGGAUUCACAGAAAUUGUAAAAGUCAAUAUAAAACCAACUUUUAAGCGAGAUGAUUGGAAACGUCUUUAUAGAUUGUAUUUGGUUGAAAAAUAAAGGUGUUGCCUAUGAAUUUGUUAA